UUUUCAUUCAGACUUUCCGAAAAGAGGGGGAGAAACCUAAAGACUCAGAGGAGGAGAUCCUGUGAGCCCGGAUUGAGCAUGAGUUCUUCUGCUUUUCCCGGUACGGAUAAACCAUUUUCUCAAGGUUGUCUCUUUGAUUCAUCAUGUUUCCGUUGCCUUUUCGAACAUUCAGUCUUCUAGGUCCAGGCGUCUACCACUUGUAGACAAUCACCAUUGGUUGAUCCGACCAACAUCAAGGCCUUCAGGAGAAGGAUUACAUAACCAUGUGUGGCGUGGUGAAGACGUAAGAAUAUAUUUUCUAAUGUCCAACUCAGCUUAAACACAAUGAUUUUCUGAUACGCCUUGAGGUCCAUUUUACGACAAGGGCUCUUUUUUUUUUUUUUAAAUCACCACAAGUGCCACUCUGACCUCUGACCUCUGACCUCAAAUCACUCAGAGCUCAAAAAUCUAGGCUCUUUUUUUUUAAUCACCGCAAGUGCCACUCUGACCUCUGACCUCUGACCUCAAAUCACUCAGAGCUCAGAAAUCCAGGCAAGAUGGCGACAGAUGACCCCCAACCGAUUCUGCCCAUUGCACAGCUGCGCUCUGUUCACGCCAGCAAUGAUUACGUGGACCGGCCUCCGGCACCCCGCAAACCAACUCUUUCCAGCCCUUCCCUGACUCUGCAAACCCACAAGUCUGAUUGGUCCCUGGCGACCACGCCCACCGCGCUCCCGCGCAGCGUCAGCCAGUGCCAUCAGCUGCAACCCCUGCCUCAGCAUCUCAGCCAAUCCAGCAUUGCCAGCUCCGUGUCGCAAACCACCACUGCCUCUGACCAAAGGCUCUUGGCCACCAUGACACCCUCUCCUUCAGGCCCGUCGUCCAUCCUCAGAACCCACCCGAAGGUCGACGGUGCUCUGAAGGGAGGAGCUGAGCAGUCGGCUGGGCAGUCCAGUGAUCAUCGCCUCUUCAUCUGCGAGGAGUGCGGGCGCUGCAAGUGCGUCCCCUGCACGGCGGUCCGCCCCCUGCCCUCCUGCUGGGUGUGCAACCAGCGUUGCCUUUGCUCCGCCGAGAGCCUCCUCGACUACGGCACCUGCCUUUGCUGUGUCCAGGGCGUCUUCUACCACUGCUCCACCGACGACGAGGACAACUGCGCCGACGAGCCCUGCUCCUGCGGGCCCGGCUCUCGCUUCCUCCGCUGGGCGGCCAUGGGUGUCAUCUCCGUCUUCUUACCCUGCCUGUGCUGCUACCUGCCCACCCGGGGGUGCCUCCGCCUGUGCCAGCGGGGCUAUGACAGCCUCCGACGGCCGGGCUGCCGCUGCAAAAUGCACACCAACACCGUGUGCAGAAAAAUGUCUUCCGGGGGCUCACCCUGCCCCAAGGCCCAAGAGAAGUCGGUAUGACCUUCCUCCAAGAUGGCCGCCAUGGCUGUCAUGGCUGUCAUGGCGCAUUCAGGUGAUUGACACCCGGCCUGCUCAGCUGUCAUGGCUGUCAAGGCAGAUUCAGGUGAUUGACGCCCGGCCUCCCUCCCUCACCCUCCCUCUCUCACCCUCCCUCAGCUCUCACAACCGCCACCACCUGCAUGGCUCGGGCCUCCAUGAUGGACGUUAAAAGUCUUAACACUUUAGAGCUGGAAGGCAUUAACAUUAGUCCGAUUCAGUGUGGUCAUUUUACAGAUGGGAAGACCGAGGUCUGACGUAGGAAGGGAGUUGCACUCUUGUCAACAAUCCCAGGAAGCCACCCCCUCGCCAUGGCUUCAGAAGCCGCAAGUUAGUGCAAUGGUCUUUCCACAAUGAUAAGUGAGUGGUUAACCAACUGCCGGGUAUCGAGGCAGCCCCCAGCGCACAUCUCCUUUAAUUCCGUUAACUCCCCGCCCCCCAAGUGCACAUCGCCUUUAAUUCCGUUACCUCGUAGAAGCUCAAAUGUGUGGGGGGAAACAUAAAGACACCCUGACCAAGUGUCAGGCGUGUCUUCGCCAUGACGUCCACACUUUGCUGCACACGCUGUGCUGCCUCCCGGCUUUGUGUGCAAUGGCAGCAACCUGAGAGCCUAGGUUUCAGUCACCGUGAACGACUGAGGCGAAAGACACGUCAUGCAAAGCAGCGAACCCCCCAAUGCCAAGCAGCGACCCCCCCAUGCAAAACAGUGACCCCCAAUGCAAAGCAGCGACCCCCCAAUGCAAAGCAGCGACUCCUCCCAGUGCAAAGCAGCGACCCCCAAAGCAAACCAGCGACUCCACUUAUAAAAUGUACAAAACCUGUGCUGCAAACUCAGUGAGGAAAAGGCCGCCAUGGUGGGGGGAGGGGCGCAAAAGGCCUCUGCUAAGAGAUGUGAGAGUUCUAUAGUUUCUCUCUGUGAGUAAACUCAAAAUUUAUCAAGGAAUACAGAUAGAUGUCGGGGGCGCUUGCUCGAAAUCGAGGUGCUCCGACUUAGUUUAAGACUUCCAGACUCUACGCGUCAUCUCUUUUAAUGAUGCGUGGAUGUGUGUGGCAGGGUGGAGUGAGGAGAAGUCGUGAUCAUGCACGGGAGGGAGAAAGGGAAUCCCACAUCCCUUUAUUGGAUAUAUACAUAUUCUGUAAUAUGCAUAUAUAUAUAUUACAGGAUUAUAGGCCACAAAGUCUUUAAUGGCUAUGAAACUUCCUGGGGUGUAUUGACAUCGGGUUGCACACAGCCACACACCUUCACUUCCAUUUCCUCUUGUAGAAUUGCUUUGUCCUAUUUUUGUAUAUAUAAAUACAUCAUGAUUAUUAAUAUUAAUGAUAUUGCUGCAAACGGUGCCAUAUAUAAGGUUAGGCUUCUUGAAACAUUUAUAAGCCCUAAACCGAUAACCUGAAUACCUGUAACCUCUUGUGUUGCUUUUAAAUCCUUUAACUUUAAAUAAUUUGUGUUUAAUCUUUAAAAAUCUGCCUCAUUGUCCUUCAGACUUAUCAAACCCCUAAAAGCUAUACCCGGUUAUCCGGGUAAAACUGGAUGGUGAUGUGCAGCAACACACACUUCCCGCUGCUUCUAUCCAAAAUCUGCUUCUAGUCCAGAUAUCUGAGGAUUCUCUGGUCCUAGUGCAUCGUUCUGGAGCUAGAGUUACACUACGGACGCUUGCUUAAUAGUUUCAAGCCCCUUCUUCACAGCUCCUUGAUCUUUCAACCCUGCAGUCCUUACUCAGGCAAAUUGUGCACUGCCAGGAGGGCCCUGGGCUCCGCCAUACACCCAGAGGAGUUCUUCUCAGUGUAUUUUUAAAUGGCCUUAUACUUGGUAGGAGAAACGGAAGGGUUCUGGAAUGCAAUCUGCUGCCGAGUCAGGGCUUUUACUUACGUCCAAGUUGGCCUGAUAUAGACUGCGUCUGGUUUACGUAGAGAUGGGUCCUGUUGAGGUACGCACACAGACGUGUGAGUCCGCAUAUGUAUUCCUUCUGUGGUUUCAUAUAGAUAUGUAUAUAUAUGUAAAUAUAUAAUCACACAUCUCUAUAUAUUUUAAUGUAUUGCACAUGUAUAUUUAAAAUAUAUACAAAAUUACUCUAAA